CCGGGGGAGCAACUUAUCCGGAUGGACAGGAAGUGUUUUUCACGAAAGAGGAAGCAGAGCUGAGCUUGUUUAGAGGAAUGGAGGUUUUUAACAUCUGUGCAUAGACCUGCAAUACUCCUCUGCUUCAGACAUGAAUUCUAAUAAUCCAUUUGGAGGACCUCAAAACACUGGUAAUGCCAGUCAGAGUGCUGCAUUGUUUGGACAGACAUCUGUAUUUGGCCAGAGUGCUGGUGGACUUUCUGGCCCUUCAUUUGGACAGUCUUCAUCCAUGUUUGGUCAACUCGGUACUACAAGUCAGGCUGCUCCUGUGUUUGGUCAAAGUACUCCUAGCCAGAACCCUGCGUUUGGACAGACUACUGUGGCACAGCCUAUUCCAUCAUUUGGCCAGACAAACAGUGGUUUUUCUUCGCCUAUGUUUGGUCAGGCAUCCACAGGACAAUCAGCCCCUGCAUUUGGACAGUCUGGUCCUGUAUUUGGACAGACCACAUCUGAGCAGCCUGGUCCCAUAUUUGGGCAGGCCAACUCUGGACAGUCAGGAUCUAUGUUUGCACAAGACAGCUCUGGACAGUCUGGAUCUGCAUUUUCCCAGGCUACUUCUGGACAAUCUGGAUCUCUAUUUGGGCAGGCCACCUCCGGGCAGCCUGUGUCUGCAUUUGGUCAGGUCACUUCGGGACAGUCUGGAUCUGUAUUUGGGCAGGUUGCUUCUGGACAGUCCACAGCUAUAUUUGGGCAGGACAAUUCGGGACAUGCGGCACCUACAUUUGGACAGACAGCCCCAGCAUUUGGACAAGGAAAUACUGGACCAUCUGCUUCCCCUUUUGGACAGACAUCCACUACCCAACCUUCUUCUGCAUUUGUGCAGCCAGGUCCUACAUUUGGGCAUUCAAAUUCUAACCAAACACCUCUGUUUGGACAGGGUGCUAGUAGCCAGUCAGCAUCCCCCUUUGCACAAGUAACAACUAGUCAGUCUAAUCCACUUUUUGCUCAGCAAGGUAACAACCAGUCCACUUUGUUUUCUCAGUCCAAUAUUAACCAGGCAGCUUCCCCAUUUGCACAGACCGUUUCUAGCCAGUCGUCUACACCCUUUGGAAGUAGUGGCCCAGUAUUUGGACAGGCAGCUUCGGGAUCUUCUGUGUAUGAACAGUUGAGUAAACAGUCUCAAGGGGAAUCAAGUCAAGGUUCAGUUUUUGGACAGUCAGUGUCUGGCACGACCUUUGCUUUUAGCCAGCCAGCUUCUGCACAGAAUCCUUUGUUUGGGCAGAACACAUCUGGGCAAAGUUUGGGCCAGUCAUCAUCCACCCAAUUAAGACCAGAUGGAUCAAAUCAAAAUGUUGCUUUUGGACAGACAACUACUGAUCAGAAUAACUUGUUCAACCAAACACCUAAAUUUGGACAGCCUCCCUCCGCUCAGUCUUCUAAAUUUGGGACUGUAUCCACUACACAAACUGGUAGAAAUAAUACAUUUGGAGAAACAGGUGAAAAAAUUUCAAUCUUUGGUCCACCGCCAAGUACUGCCACCUCUGAACAGACUAAAAGUAUUGGUCUAGCCUUUGGUGGAGCUACUCAAAUGACUACCAAUUCUAAUGUUCCAGAAUCCAAAGUGUCAACUAGCAUGGCUUCCUCCCCCUUUGCACAAAUGUCUAGUAUAGCCUCAUCCAAUACAGCUUUCAAACCAAUCUUUGCAGGUGCUGGUCAAACUCAGGAAGCAUCGGAAAAGCCUUUAUUUGGGAAACUUUCUGCAGCAGCUUCAUCAGGGGAAAGGCAGAAGAGCAGCUUAUUCUCUUUCUCUACAGAAAAUAAACUCAAAGAUGAAUCUGGGCCUUUUAGGCCUCCAUUUGCAAGCGCUGAUAGUAGUUUCACCAGUUUUAAUGAGGAGGUUGAAAGACAGGAGACACAUAAGGCAUUGAAGCAAAAGGAAGACCCAGGCCACUCUACUGGCAAACACGAGUAUGCCCCCUCAGACAAUACUCCUCCCGAUCUGCAUCGUGAAGACCCUUCAGGAAGGAGGUCUACCCGAAUGAAUAGAGAGAUAAAAGCAAGUGCUAAUAUUUUGUAUAAAAGCUUGUUUGAUGCUUUAAAAAGUCAAAUGAAAUCCCAACAAAAGGAGUCCAAAAAAAAAGAUACAGAUUCUAAGUUGCCAGAUCCGGACACAGCAUCAAGUCAGACAGCUGCAAGAAAUCAUCCAACAUCUGAAUCUAGGCAGCAUGGAUUGGCUAAACCCCAAGUACAAGCUGUACCCAUUCAGCCCCCACCGUACAAGCCUCCUCCCCCUGCUGGCCCGGGAACACCGAGCAGGACAGUUACAGUUGUUGGACCAAACUUCCAAAGCCCUGGCAGAGACAGUUCUGUGGCUGGACCUAGUCAACUAUUACCUGGCAGAAUUCGACCUUUGAUGGAACUAGUGAUGCCUCAAACUCCACCUUCCCCUACUAAGACGCCAUUACGCAGAACUAAGCGCAGUGACAGCACUGAUAGUAUCGGACCACUGUCUCCGAAUGAACAAACUUGCAUCCAGUUAAAGAAUCUCCCCCCGCAUCUAAAUAAGAAACAGGCUUUGGAAGCAUUCUUUAAGAAGUUUGGUAAAAUUCAGCGGACGUAUUGCAAGCCUGGGAACACAACGGCGAUUAUUCACUUUGCCCAGCAUAAAGCAGCAGCAAAUGCCAAGAAAGCAGUAAAGAAAUUCCACGCAAACGUCUCUGUGUUUUGGUAUCGAAAGAAGUCCAGUCCGGGCAAGACACCACUGCCUAAGAUAGAAAAUCGGGAGGAGGAAAGAAAAGAAAUGCAGAGUGAACAAGAGAGCAAUGUGCUUGCUUCCCCUGUGCGCAAGCCUAUUUUCCGUACAAUUAAGGGAUCUCCUCAAAAGAAAUCUCAGUUUGCGAAGACUCUUCAGUUUGAUGUUGAUAAUACAGAUGCCCCAACAACAUCUUCUGACUCUGCAAUUCCAUCUCUGCCACCUUCACUUUUGCUUCUUGUGGGAACUGUGGCAGAAACUCCUGAAGAAAAGUAUCGCCUGCUGGACCAGAGGGACAGAAUCUUGCGACAAGUUCGAGUGAAGAGGACAGAGCUUGAUCAAGCAAACGUGUUUGUAGGAACCUGUCAAGAUAUGUGCCCUGAAAAGGAAAGAUACAUGAGGGAGACGCGCAACCAGCUUAGCAUCUUUGAAAUUCUUCCAGGAUCUGACAAGAUUGACCACGCUACAGCCAUUAAAGAGUAUAGUCGUUCUUCAGCUGAUCAGGAGGAACCACUCCCCCAUGAACUCCGCCCUUUGCCUGUGCUGUGCAUGACAAUGGAUUAUCUGGUUACUUAUAUCAUGGAUAAUGGGGAGAACAAUUACAGAGAUUGGUAUGAUUUUGUUUGGAACCGAACACGAGGAAUUCGAAAGGACAUCACACAGCAGCACUUGUGCGACCCUGUGACUGUAUCUCUAAUGGAAAAGUGUAUGCGAUUUCACAUCCACUGUGCAUAUGAGCUAUGUGAAGAGCCUAUGUCAGCCUUUGAACCAAAGAUCAACAAUGAGAACUUAACAAAAUGUCUGCAGAGCUUGAAGGAGAUGUACCAAGACCUGCAUAAUCGUGGGGAGACUUGUCCUUGUGAGCCAGAGUUCAGGGGUUACAGUGUCCUCCUCAACCUAAACAAGGGAGAUAUUCUCAGAGAAGUGCAGCAGUUCCAGGAGUCUGUUCGUAACUCAGCGGAAGUGAAAUUUGCUCUACAGGUCUUCUCUGCAUUCAACAGCACAAACUAUGUGCGUUUCUUCAAACUGGUCCGCUCUUCAUCAUAUCUUAACAGCUGUAUAUUGCAUGGAUACUUUGGCCAGAUACGUCGAAGGGCUCUGCAGGUUAUGAAUAUUGCUUAUACAUUUAGUCCCCAGAGGCCCACCUUAUUUCCAUUAGAGGAAGUUGUACGUCUUCUGUUAUUCCAAGAUGCUGAUCAAGCUACUGGAUUCCUCACAGCUUAUGGCUUAAGUGUGUCAGAUGGCUUUGUAGAGAUAAACCGAUCGGCUUUUGCUGAGCCUGAGGCUCCCUUACUGCCAAAGAAGAGUCCAUUGAUCAGCCACAAAUGUAAUGUAUCUGUGGGACAAGUGGUAAAUGGAGCCACGCUACCAACAAUCCCUUUGCACACACCUGUGUGUAGCUUUGACGCACAGAACAGAUAUACAGGAUUUACCAACUCAACAGAAAUAGUAGUUAAAUCGGGACCAGAACCAACAGUUAUUAUAGAUAAACCAGAGGUCAAAGACUCGGUCCCUGAAGAUAGGCCUAUCAAACGUACGAUUGUGCUUCUAAAAGACGACCAGGAAUCCUCAUCCAUUCCUUGUCAAUCAGUCUUCCAGCCCAUAGUGCCACCUGAGGUCCCUCCAUCCCCACCCAAGCCAGCUUUUACUGAUGUGGAUGUUGCUGCCGUGCUGCUUGAUAUUGUGGAAGAGACAGUGAAAGAAUUUAGUGUGGAAAUCGGCCAGACAGGAGCUGCUUACAUUUCUGCUGCACUUGGAGAGUCAUCAUUGGUGGCUGACCGGCUUCUUGCAGAAGUAAUCUUGGAUUUGUCAAGCACUAUUACAAAAGAAGAGAUGAAAGCACAGACUGAGAGAGUGUUGGAGGAAAAACGAAGAAAGGCAGAGGAAGCCAGGCGAAUUCAUGAAAGGGAGCAGUUGCUUUCUGAGAUCAGUCAGUAUGAGUGUGACAGUCUGUUAAAAAUAGUGCUUCAGGAAAACAUCAAAAAAAUAUCAAGUGAAGAGCUGCAGAAAGCCAUACAAAAAGAUCACAAUGAACGCAUUAGCCGAUGCUCUCUACAUAUCAGUCAGCAGUUUGUGGAUCAGUUUGUGAAAGAAGAACUCGACCAAAUAGCCAAUGAAACGCUCUAUGAGAUGCAGCUCUGCCGGAAAUACUUCCAGAGGUGGCGGGAAGUUUUGGGUGCUCGGAAGAAACUAAGGCGUCAAAUGCGAGGAUUUCCAGCUGCUCCUGGUUUAAUGGGCUAUAGUGGUACACUGAAGGCAUUGAUUCCCAGUGCUAUGCAAAAUUUCCAAACUCAGCCCAAAGGGAUUGUGAAUUUGGGGAAUGCAGGGAAACUGUUUGUUUCUUUCAUUAGCCCACAGCAGCGCACAGAACAGAUUCUACACACAAUGAAAGUCCAGCAUUUCUUUCAAGAGCUGCUUUGUGAUGCUGCAUGGACGCCGCUGGAGCUGCCAUCUUUGAUUGCAAACAGCCUGCCUUCAUGGAAAAACUGCAUAUUCUGGAAAGUAGUUCUGGCUCUGCCAGAAACAAGUCAGCCUGAUGAUCUUAACAGUGUUCUGUCUAAGUGGUUGCAGGCAAAGUUCUGCUGGGCAGGAAUUCAGCCGGCAGAUGCCCAGAAGCAGCAACUUCAAACACUAGCACUCUACAACUCAUUAGUGUCACAGGAAGGAUUCCCCGUGUCUUUAAAUGUUUGUGUAAAGGCAGUACAUGGACCUCUUGCAGACUCUGAGCUAGACAAAGCUGAAAGUCAGAAUGAGUUAUGGGGAACCAACAGCCUUGUUUUUCUCUUGCCUUUUACAUAUGAAAAAACUGAAGAGUACUGGAUUUCGGCAAUCUUGCAACUAAAGCAGCUCCUGAAUUGUAAGCCCUUUUGGCCAGCACCAAGCCUUGCUGUGCUGGUGCCAGGAUCUUCAAAUGAAGAGAAAAAUAUAGAGGAAGAACUUGGCCUCCAGGACCUAGUGUCAUGUGAACUCAUCUCAGAUUACAUAGUUCUGUCGAUACCAGAAACUGUGACUAACAUGAAAGGAACUGAAGUGGUAACUUCUGCUGUACAGUUCUUGCUUUCCCAUUGUCCCCGCUCUCCGCAGCUACAUGCACUUCCAUUCCGACAGUAUAUAGAGGAUGGCGUAUAUCAUGCAUUCAGCGAUCCUUUCUACUAUGACAUGUCAAACCGUAGAAAGUUUGGCCUUCCCUCUCAGGACCCUGCAGCGAUCAUUGAUUUAUAUAACGGCGCCAUUGCCUAUCUGGCAAAGGUAGUCUCAUCAAGCCGACUUGUGGAAUUGUCCUGGCCUUUGACCGAGUUCACAUCUUCAAGGGGAAGCUUUGUCAUGCCACCUAUGGACUGGAACAGCCUAGAACACCUUUCUUGGCUAAAGAAAGCUGUACUUUCCUUUCAAAUUCCAGAAAUGGACAAGCCUCCAGAGGGAGCUCCCUGGCAACCUGUGUGUUCCAUGAUUAAGGGUUAUGUAUCUCAGAUCUCCAAAUCUUCAGAGGCUUUGCCUGUGUUGAACUCUGAAGUACAGAUGCUUCUUGGAGGUGUUUGGGACCAUUGUCUGGAAAAUGGUGAAAGUGAAGGGUCAGACUCUGAGCUAUUUGUACAUGAAAUCCCUUGGGAUGACUUAAUUGCUCUUUGCAUCAAUCACAAGUUGAGAGACUGGAAUCCUCCUUUUAAUGAACAUGUUAAAGGUUCCCUGGAGGACCUUUAUGUUUAUUUCUUUGAAAAGGAUUUGGAAAAUUUCAAAUUGCCAGAAUCAUGGCUGAAGGCUUGUCACACUACAGAUAAAGAUUUACUGAUGCCCAGUGAUAGUUCAUCAUGCAGAAGGAAACGUAAACUGCAGCCAUCUCAAACAGCACAGUCUUUUCUUACCCGUGAAGAAAAUACUCAAAAAGAUGUUAAAAACUUGAUGUCUCUUCAUUCGCAUCUCAGUCAGUUUCUGCUGGAGGAGGAGAAUGAAAGUUCUUCAAGCAAAAAGAGGAGUGUGUUGGUGCCAUCUCAGCCUUUGGAGUCUUCCUUUGUGGCACAUAUGGAAAAUGCACAGACGGAUUUAGACCGCCUCAAGUCUCUUCAGUCACAACUGAACCAGGCCUUGUUGGCAGAGAAACAGGAAUCUGAAAAAUUCAAUGAAAAGCUACAACACCUGCUUGAAGAAGAACCUCUAGAUGUAUCCCUUAGCCUUCCUUUGUAUCUUCCCAACACAUCUUUACAAGGGGCUCUAGAAAAUGCUACAGUAGUUCGUUCUCAGCAUAAGCCUUCAACAGACGGGACCCUGCAUUCCAAUUCCCAAUCAGCUUCCUUGAUGAGUGAUGUACAUUCUCACUCAUCUCUUAGAGAUCUCAUGAACAGCUUGCACACAAGCAUAAGAAGGUAUAAAGAUGAAGAUAUUGCUUUCGAUUUGCACAUGAGCAACCUGCUUGAUGUGGCAGAGAUGAGCAGCUCUCCAAAUGAAACCAACAUGUAGAGACAGUUGAUCAACCAAUGUUUCGUCUUUUUUUUUUUUUUAUGAAAGAGUUCAACUUUUAUUUCUGUAAAUAUCCUGUGUCAUUUGUUAAAUGUAAAAGCUUUGUUUUCAUAUAGUAAAUACAUAGAGAAAACCAGCAAUAGUUUAAAACCAUGGCUGUCAAAGAUAAUUAUUUUGUUAUUUCAUUUCUUGUGUCCGAAUUAAAAUGUAAAUUGCU